AUGGCGCUUCAGCGCGCCGCCCUCAGUGUGCAAAAACGCCCAGAGGGGCUGUUCGUGCAACAGAUUCUAGGGGCAGGAAAGCAGGCAAAGCCGCCCAGAACGCCUGGUGUUGCACCUUGGGCCUGCGUGGAAAGACCUGGGGAGCCGCGGCGGGCCCUCAACAUGUUCGUCAGCUACGGGGGGUCCUACGCGUUUUCAAGAGGGGGGAGCGGCGUGCUGAGAUGUGUUGACCAGACGGGCAGGGUAUCCUGGGAAGAGCCGACGGCGGAGGAGCGUGAGCUGUCUAUGGGGUACCCGCGCGGGUUUACAGAGGUGGAAGGACUCAGCGAGCAGACGCGCAGAGAGCUCCUUGGGCAGGCGAUGGACUUGAACGCUCUGAUGUGGCUGCUCGCAGCCUGCCGAGAAGGUGGGCGCUGUCGAAUUAGAGCGGCCAGCUCCCAGCUGGGAGGGGUAGGGAUCAGCGGUACGGCAGCCACGGGCAGCAGGGAGCCGGCGACGGUGGGAGGAGGUAUCCCAGCAGGCAACGGCCCAACGCGCAAGGCGGCGGUUGGAGGUAGUAUCCCAGUGGGCGCGGCAGGUGUGCGCGCAGCUGGUGGACUGGACAGCCCCCCGGUGCGGAGUGGGAGCACGGACGGGGGGCCAGCAGGCAGUGUCCCAGCGCGCGAGGCGGCGGCUGGAGGUGGCGCCCCAGCAGGCGCGGCAUGUGAGCGGUCAGCUGGAGGACCAAAUAGUCCCUCGGCGCAGGCCAGGAGCACGGGCGGGGGGCCGGCGGGCGGUAGCCCAGCGCGCAAGGCGGCGACUGGAGGCAGGGCCUCGGCGGGUACGGCAGGUGCGGGCCCAGCUGGAGGGGAGGACGUGAGGGUCGGAGCGGCGACGGUGGGCGGCGUGAAAGCAGAGGGGGCAGCGGACGGAUGGCUGGUUGGUGCGCAGCUGGAGGAGGCUGAGAAGCAGCGGGUGGCGGCGGUUGUAGAGAAAAACAGGGACGUCUUUGCGUUCUCGCUCGAGGAGAUAGGGGAGUUCAAGCUCUUUGAGGUGCAGCUUGAUCUAAAGACGGACCAGCCAAUCUACGAGCGCCGCCGGAAGCACAGUCAGCGGGAAUGGGAGUUGGUGGACGAGAGGUGCGCGGAGCUGGAGAGGGCGGGCAUCAUCGAGGAGUGCGACUCCGAUUUCGCAGCCAACUCUGUCAUGGCGGCCAAGAAGGAUCCUGAGGGCAACUGGAAGCUGGCCCGUUUCUGCACGGACCUGCGAAGGGUGAAUGAGCAGACUGCCCAGGACCGCUAUCCCAUGCCCCUGCCGGAGGAGGUGCUGGAGGGGCUGGGACACGCCAAGUUCUACUCCACCAUCGACAUAAGGGGGGCGUUCCACCAACUGGUGGUGCGGAAGGAGGACCGCAGAAAGCUGGCGUUCUGGUCUAGCAAUAAGCUGUACUGCUGGAAGCGCUGCCCCUUUGGUGCGCGGAACGCCAGCGCCUGGUUCCAGCGGGCGAUCGACCGGGCGCUGAGGGGAUGCGAGGCUCUUGCGCGCAGCUUCGUUGAUGACCUGCUCGUGGCGGGGGGGGAGACUGCGGAGGAACACAUGCUGCUGGUUCAGCAGGUGUUCGACCGGCUGCGGGAGGUGGGGCUGAAGUGCCACCCAGAGAAGUGUUGUUUUGCUGCGGAGUCGGUGGAGUACUUGGGGAUGUGGCUGCGGCCUGGCGUCGUCUCCCCCCAUGUGGCGAAGGUGGCGGCGAUUGCGGCCCUGCCCAGACCCACGGACGUGACUUCGGUGAAGGCGUUCUCGGGGGUGGUGAAUUACUACAGGCAGUUCAUCCCCGACUGCAGCAGGCUCCAGGCGCCUCUGAAUGAGCUAACCAAGAAGGGGGCGCUGUGGCGCUGGGGCCAGGCACAGGAGGAUGCCUUCCUCGCGCUGAAGGAGGCGCUGCAGGAGGACCCGGUCCUGGUGCUGCCCAAGAGAGGCAGGCCCUUCAAGGUGCGGUGCGACUGGAGCAAGCGGGGCGUCGGCGGGGUGCUGCUGCAAGAGGACGAGAGCGGGGCGGAGAGGGUGGUGGCAUACGGCAGCAGGAGUUGCAAUCAGGCGGAGUCCCGCUACAGCAGCUUUGAAGGGGAGCUGCUUGCGGCGAUGUACUUCGUGCGCCUGUGGCGGCAGUACCUCUGGGGGGAGCGCUUUGUGCUGGAGAGCGAUCACCAGCCCCUGAAGUGGAUCCUGACGAACACCAAACUCACGGGGAAGAUGGCCAGGUGGGCAUUGAUGCUAAGUGAGUUUGACUUCGAGGUUGUCCACAGGCCUGGAGUGGACAACGAGAUGGAUUGUCUGAGCCGUUACCCGCAGGCGGGGCAAGAGGACUGCGCAGGGGUCAGGCAGGAGGGUGACCUGGAGGAGAACCCACCCCUUGUGUGGCCGGCGGCGAUUUGUCUCGCCUGGCAGCCAGCGCAGACGGAGCCGGGGCGGUCAGAGAGCGGUCCUGUGGAGAGGACAGCGCCGCUGGCGGACGUGUGGGCGGACGCGGCGUUGCUGGCGCUGCUAAGGGGAGGGGGGUACCCUGCUGGCGCGGACAGGCGGAAGCGCGACAGGCUGCAGCACAGGGCGCGGGGCUAUGAGUGGCGGGGCACCCACUUGGUCAGGCAGGCGGCGGGCAGCGUUUGGGUGGUGCCCAGGGCAGAAGUGCGGGACAGGCUGGUGCGGGACGUGCACGAGCGGGCGGGCCACGUGGGGGUCAAGAAGACCCAUUCCCUGCUCCGGCCGCACUACUGGUGGGUGGGGCUGCUGACGGACGUUUCCCGGGUGGUGCGCGGGUGCGAGGCCUGCGACAGGGUGAGGGCCACUUUCAACGUGAAACACCCGACGCUGCACCCCCUCCCCAUCAAAGGCCUCUUCUACCGUUGGGGGCUUGACUUCGCGGGACCGCUCCCCCGGUCAGCCCAGGGCAACCAGUACGUGCUCGUGAUGGUUGAGCACUUCAGCAAGACGAUCGUCCUGGUCCCCACUGUGGACAAGGAGCCCAGCACUGUGGCGGCGGUGUUCACUCGGGAGGUGCUCACCAGGUUUGGGGCGUGCGCGGAGGCCAAUGGGCUCAGCGAGCGGAUCGUGCAGGUGGUCAAGCGCUCGCUCCGCAAGUGGUGUCUGGGGCACGUAGCGGAGCAGUGGGACCUCUACCUCCCCUGGGUGUCGAUGGGGUACAACUUCAGCGCCCAGUCCUCGCUCGCAGGGUUUUCCCCUUAUCAUCAGCUGCACGGCCGGGAGCCGGUGAUGCCAGGCGCGCUCAAGGUGGCAGUGACGGAGCCCCUGGACCUGGAUCAGCCGGAGCGGCUGACUGCGCUGGUGGCGCAGCGGGCAGAGCAGUUCCGGCGGUGGAUGCCCAUGGCGAUGGGCAACCUGCAGAUCGCGCAGCACAGAGACACGCUGCGGUACGCGCACACGCGCAGCGGUGCCUGGAAGCCCAAGGCGGUGCAGCACGCAGUCGGAGACUACGUCUACCUGCAGCGCGAGAUGCUGGACACGCUGGACACGAGGGCGGGGCGGCGGAUCCUGCGCGUGAAGGCGGUGGGGAGGGACGGGGUGCUGGAGCUGGAGGGGUCGGAUGCACGGACUGUGCGCGUGCACACGGAGCGCUGCGCCCCAUGUCACCGAACAGACAUCGAGGGUCAGAUGGACCCGAGGCUGGCGAGGCCUGCAAAGGACUUCGCGUGCACGCGGUGCCGCAGGGCAGACGGGGAGGCGCGGAUGCUGUUGUGCGACGGGUGCGGGGCGGGGUGGCACACGGACUGUCUGGCUCAGCCGCUGGCGGCGGUGCCCGAGGAUUCUGCGCCUCCCCCCGAGUUCUUCAAUGUCAAGAUCGACGUCUCCGCGAUGCUAGCCGCUAAUGCAGCGGCUCUGGACGGCAGCUCAGCAUAUUGCCAGCUAUACAGCGCAUGGCGGCAGGCGUGGCAGGGAGAGCUAACCCCGGAUGGCCGAGUGGCCAUCGGCGUUAUGGUCGACUUUUUGGAAGGCCCGCGGCGAAAGGCCAUCCGCUCAGGGGACGGCGAAACGGGGGCAGGGGGUUUUGAUGGAGGCGCCAGCGGAUUCGAGAUGGAGAGCGGGGCGGGAGGGGCGGACUGCGUCCCUCGAAGACGCAACUCUGUACGUCCUCCACGUCCGGAUGGAACAAGAGGAGUGGGUCUCUCCACCCUUGCACGUCAUCGACUGGAAGUCGCAGAGAAGCAGUGGUCCGAGGAGGGGCUCAUUGAAACGGCGCAGCAAGAGAUGGAGGUAGACACGGUGGUAGCCAUGCUCACAAAGCUCUCGGUGUUUGUGUUAGAGGGGUUAGGGCCGUACUAUUCGGCAACGCAGCUGAAAUACGCCACCGGCACCAACUCCCACGUUCUAACACUGUACCGCUUCAUCCGGUAUGCAAAGCGGCUGGGCGGAAGGGACCAGGAGAAAGUGGAGCUGGAGUUUGAUGGGUUCGAGCAGAAGGGAGGUCUUCCGUUGGCGGGAAGGCCGACGGGCGCGCGGCCGAACCCCAACCCGAUUGGGUACGA